UGGGCCCCUAUUGGCUGCCCCGAGGUUUCUCCAGAGAAUAAAGCCCUGGAGCAGAGCGUCCUGCCAACCUUCUACUCUCCCAGGACUCAGACAGAAUCUACCUCUCUCGCUCGCUUUGUCCAGCAACUUCUGUGCCGGCCAUGGCGGUCCAGGAGCCCCUCCACGUGAAGACCCCGCUUCGUGACAGCAUGGCCCUGUCCAAAGUGGCUGGCACCAGUGUGUACCUAAAGAUGGACAGCUCCCAGCCCUCAGGCUCCUUCAAGAUCCGAGGCAUUGGGCACCUCUGCAAGAUGAGGGCAGAAAAAGGCUGUAAACACUUUGUCUGCUCUUCAGCGGGCAAUGCGGGCAUGGCAACUGCCUACGCCGCCAGGAGGCUGGGCAUCCCAGCCACUAUCGUCGUACCCAGCACCACACCGGCCCUCACCAUCGAGCGUCUCAAGAACGAAGGUGCCAGAGUUGAAGUGGUGGGAGAGAUGUUGGACGAGGCCAUCCAACUGGCCAAGACUCUGGAAAAGAACAACCCAGGCUGGGUGUACAUCUCUCCCUUCGAUGACCCCCUCAUCUGGGAAGGCCACACUUCCAUCGUGAAGGAACUGAAGGAGACACUCAAUGCCAAGCCUGGGGCCAUUGUGCUAUCAGUGGGCGGCGGAGGCCUGCUGUGCGGAGUAGUCCAGGGACUUCAAGAGGUGGGCUGGGAGGAUGUGCCCAUCAUCGCCAUGGAGACCUUCGGUGCUCACAGCUUCCAUGCUGCCGUCAAGGAAGGGAAACUGGUCACCCUGCCCAAGAUCACCAGUGUUGCCAAGGCCUUGGGAGUGAACACUGUGGCAGCGCAGGCCUUGAAGCUAUUUUACGAACACCCCAUCUUCUCUGAGGUCAUCUCAGACCAGGAGGCCGUGGCCGCCAUCGAGAAGUUCGUGGAUGACGAGAAGAUCCUGGUGGAGCCCGCGUGUGGAGCGGCACUGGCUGCAGUGUACAGUGGUGUGGUGUGCAGGCUGCAGGCUGAGGGCCGGCUGUCAGCCAGGCUAGCCUCAUUGGUCAUUGUUGUGUGUGGCGGCAGCAACAUCAGCCUGGCGCAGCUGCAGGCGCUCAAGGUGCAGCUGGGCCUGAAUGGACUGCCCAAGUGAUGUCCCAUAAGAAGUGGGCACCAGCACCCCCGUGCAGUGUGAGCAGGGGAUGCACCUGCCAGUGGCCUCACCCUCCUUUACCCACGUCUAUAAUGUGUACUUUUCCACUGUAAAUAGAUAAAUAUAUAUUUAUAAAGCAAA